GUUCAGUGACCGCAGUCAUACCUUGUCUCGUUUCAAACAUCUCUCUCGUUGUAUAUUUAAAUUUUGUCUUCAUUAGAAAUGUCUAUGGGUGAAGCGGAUGCGAAGUUCCCCGGCCAGUACCGUCCCGCAAUUCCUCCGUCACCAACUCGAGAAAAUCCGGGACAGGUGUAUCCUAAGUCGGAUCCGAAAGCCGCUGCAGGAGAAUCCGUUCCGGGUACGGGAGGGGAACACAAUCCAAGAAUGAGCAAUGCGCUCGGAAACCCCUAUGCUUAUAUCGACACCCUCCGUCGUCUCGAGAGCUCACUGACCGAUGCCAUAUCGUCACUCGAGCAGGAAGAGACGAGCGUAGGAUCGUCCGAGGAACAGGAGACGUUGUUAGCCAAGUUCAAGGACUGGAGACAACAAAUACUAGCGUUGAACUCCGGGCACAAAGCGGCCGAAGGCGCUCAAGAGGGUUCGCCUGCGAAGGGCGGGAUGUUCGCAGACUGAACAUUACGUAGACAUACCUGGACACUGUUUGUAUAAUAAAACGAACUGCCCACUUAUCCAACGCGGGUUACACAGGGG